GCGGGGGCUUAAAAGGGAGUCAGGGUCCACGGCACAGCCCCAUCAUUCUGGGGACGCUGAGCCGGUGGGAUUGAACCAUGGCCUGGGCCCCUCUUCUCUUCGUGGUGCUCGCCCACAGCACAGGUUCCCUGGUCCAGGCAGCGGUGACUCAGCCAUCCGAGAUAUCGGCCAAGGUCGGCGACACCGUCAGGAUCACCUGCACUGGUAGCAGCAACAGCUAUGGCUGGUACCAGCAGAAGGUCCCUGGCACUGCCCCUGUCACUGUGAUCUACUACAGUGACAAGAGACCCUCGGACAUCCCUUCGCGAUUCUCCGGAUCCAAAUCCGGCUCCACGGGCACGUUAACCAUCACUGGGGUCCAAGCCGAGGACGAGGCUGUCUAUUUCUGUGGUAGCUAUGACAGCAGCAGUACUGCUGCUGUAUUCGGGGCCGGGACGAUGUUGACCGUGACAGGCCAGCCCCAGGUCGCUCCCACCGUCCACCUCUUCCCGCCAUCGUCUGAGCAGAUAGACUCACAGGGCAAAGCCACCCUGGUGUGCCUGAUGGAGAACUUCUACCCACGCAGUGUGACGGUGGAGUGGGUGGGUGAUGGCAGCACCAUCAGCACUGGCGUGGAGACCAGCCAGCCCCAGCGGCAGAGCAACAACCAGUACAUGGCCAGCAGCUACCUGUCGAUGGAGGCCACCAAGUGGCAGAGUUACAAUUCUGUCUCGUGCAAGGUCAGGCACGUGGCUGGAAACGUGGAGAAGACCGUGAACAGAUCCGAGUGCUACUAACCUGCCCCGCCGGCCUCUGCUGGCUCCCUCCCUCCUCCCCACUUCUGGGAACAGCGGCUCCCCCGCCGCAGAUGUCUCUGCCCAUGUCUGCCCGUCCCCUGCUCCUGUCCCCCACUGUGAGUGUCACACAAUAAACACCGACACUGAACUAGCGCUGGCUCAGCA